AUGACUUAUCAGACACAGAGAAAAAUCUACGGGACAAUGGAAGAGGUGAGUGGGAGGCAGGAGAGUGUGGGCCUCAUGGAAAAUUAUGAUUCCUGCGCCAUGGAUGCUUGGAGUGGAAAUGCAAUCAUCAAGAUGAACUUCCUGCAAAAAAUUCUGGGUUCGGGAGGUAGUAGCGCAGUUUCCAGAGAAUUGAUGGACUCGGCGGUUCGGAGGAUUAGCGAGAGGCAUUUUCAGGAAACUCUGAGGGAAGUUUCGAGGACUUUUAGUGGGUUUAUCAGCGAUGAGGAGCCUCCGGAGGAAUUUCAUCAAUUGAGUGGUGAAGACUUCCCCGAGAGCAGCACAGCAUCAAUUAGCGAAAUUACGCGGGAGCAGAUAAUUUACGUUGAUCGAGGGGACAAUACGGAGGCUUAUCAAAUAAUCGGGGAAUCCAAUGUUGAGGAUUUUGCCUCCGUCAUCGCUAAAUUGCAAGAAGAAAAGAACGCUCUGAGGGAGCAAUUGGAAUUUGCUGAAUCAACUGCUCAAAAGUACUGCACCUACAUCAUUGAUCACGAGGCCAAAACUUACGAGCUUCAGCAGUGCCUGAACGAAAGGGACGUUGAAUUGGAGAAUUUUCGGGAAAUGCAAAAGAAAUUGGAAGCAAUGGAGAACCUCAUUGUGGAGACACAGAGAGAUCAGGAAGAAUUUGAGAAGAAUUUUGCAAAGACGUGCGAGAGCAUGCAUGUUGAUAGGAUGCUCGGUUCAACUGAGAAGGCCAUCAAGGAGCUUCGGCGUAUCCUAUUGCCGAAUAGUGUUGAAUCUGAGGGGACUUUUGCAGAGGAGGAGGAAGCGGAGAAUGAAAGAUCACCGGAAGCUGUGAUGACUGAUAAUUGUCUUUCCGUUGAGUAUCUCAAUGAAUUGCUCUGUGAACUCCAGGAGAUUUCUCAUGCGUCCAAGGAAACUUCCUACAACUUCAAUAAACUCACAACUGAUUUUGAGAUCACUAUUGCUGAUCUUCUGGCCAUAAAAUUCGAUGAGAGAUUUUUUAGAUCAGUUGGAGUUGAUAAGGAAACUCAAAUGGAUACUGAAAGGGAGCAGGAUGCGCGUGAAGAUCAGGAGAAAGGAUCGCCUGAAAAGGGAGAAAGAUCUUCAUCAUCGCAAGAUCAUUUUGAGGAAGAUCACGUGGAAAAUCAAAGAUCUUGUUCUCCUGAAAAUAAGGAUUCUGAAGAUACUAAAAAUGUCCUCAAUUCAUCCCAACAACUCCCUCAAACGACUAAAUUGGGCACAACAACUUUAUUUCCCAUUGAUCUUGAGAAGACUGAAACUGAGGACAAAGCAACGGGCCCUGAUUAUCCCCUUUGCAAGUCAAUUGAAUGCCAAACGGAAGCUUUGAUUGAUCAAGGAUCCUCAGGGAGUGCAGCUAUUUCCAAGGAUAAACACUCAAUUUGGGACAUUAAUCUGAGCGUUAGAACUUUAAAAGCAACUGCAUCCGUAGCCCAGGAGGAGAAGGAGCUCCAGAAGAUGUUGCGAAAGCAGGAAAAAUUAAUUGAUGAACUCGAUCGUGAGGUCCUUGUCAAGGAUAAUGAAUUGCAUGAAUUGCAGCAGAAUUUCAACCAUCUCGAGGAAAUGAACAAGAAUAUGAAGGAGAAUAUGGCAAAAUUGGAUGCAGAAAAUGCAAAAUUGAAGCAAUUGCUUAAGGAUUUGAAGGAAAAAAUGAAGGAGGAAUCGAGAAAGCUUCAGGAAUCCCAAAAAUUGACCCAAAAGCUCCAGGAAUCACAAAAUUUGCUUCAAGAGCUUUCUGGGGCACAAAAUUUCGCCUCUGAGCACUCAAAGAUUGAAAAUUGGAAUGAAGAUCUUCCAAAAGCAGAAAAUUUGCCUGAAAAGCUUUCCAAAUCAGGAAAAUUGCUCCAAGAUCGCUCAAAAUCAGGAAAUUUCCCUGAAAAACUUCCAGAAGAGGAAAAUACGUUUCAAAAGAAUUUGGAAUCCUCCACAAAGCCAAGACUAUUGAACAGAGAUACAGAAAAUUCCUCAUAUUCAGUCGGGAGAUCAAUAAAUGAUUCAAUAAUGGAGAGUUUGCGUCAUAUUGAGGAAUCACGUAGCUUGGAAGGAUCAUUCAGAACACUAAUAAAGCCCAAUAGGAGCAAUGCCGGAGGAAAUUCUUCAGAGAUUUUUGAAGCAGCAGGAUCUUCUCUGAAAGCUCCUCUUCCUUCUCAAAAGGAUUCCACCCACGUGGGGAUUAUUGGCAAAAGAUCAGAGAAUGUAAAGAAGAAGUCAAUUGAAAGAAAAAAGGAGGUCAAGAAACCUCCCAAAAUUCCCAUAAAUCUGCAUCAGACUUUUCCAAAAGCUUCGACUUCUGCUCCAAAAGGAAAAGAGAUUGUUAAGAUGGAAUUAGAUCUCCUGGCAUCAGGAGAUUCAACCCCCGUGGGCAGUUCGGAAGAUCCUGAGAAUCCCUAUUUGAAGGCAAUUGCUGGGAAAAUUAUUAAAACUGGAUUCAAUUCUUUGUCCAGUGAUGAGUUGUGCUGCCUCCACUACUACAUUGUCACCGUGGAAAUGAAGAGGAAGUCCGAAAUGAGGGGCACAGCAAUCCAAAUUAGAUCCACGGAGAUCUAUUGUUCAUCCGGAAGCUCAAAUAAUUGCUCCCGAAUUGAUUCCCUCCUGAAACGCCUUCAGGUGUGCAAGCAAAAGGCACAGGAUUUGCAGGAAAAAUUGCUUUAUGCGAGUUUGGAGAAAAUUCUUAUGCGAAAUGAAUAAAAUUUCAAUUUACUUGUUUUUUUUUAAA